AAUAAUCUUUUCUUAUCCAGCAAAACAAUAAAAAAAGGUGAAAGAUGUUUUUUUCACAGUCCAUUUUCCUCCAAAAACAUCGGUCUCUUUGCUGUCUAGCUUUGGGAUGUCAGCCAUAGCUAUGGGAUUAUCACAACGAGAAAAUCCAUGAGCCGUUUCUGUUUUUGUUUCUUCCCCUUUCUAUAUUACAAUAAACCAUUCCCCAUCUACUUCAUUUUUUUCUUCCCUUUAUCUAUACAAUGUAUCCGCAUUCCUUGUUACUUCUUUACUUCAUCAGUUUUGCCAUAAGAUCAUACUGAAGGAUGUAGAACUAAUGAAAAAAAAAACACAAAAGCUCCAUUAAUCUUAUGGCUGAUUCAAUAAUCCCUGUCCUUCCCCAUGAAAUCAUCAUAGAGAUCCUCUUAAAGGUGCCCCCCGAGUCUUUGUUGAAGUUCAAGUGUGUUUCAAAAUCAUGGCUUGAGCUAAUCUCCAGUCCUAAGUUUAUAAAAUCCCAUUUGAAAUUAACAGCUGAUGACAAAGACUACAGCCACCACAAGAUAAUUUUUCAAGAAUCCGCAAGCAAUUUCAAGGUAUGUCGUCUCCCUUCCUUGUUUUACAAAGAACGAAGCACUGAGCUAUUUGACCUGGGUUCUCCCAUGGAAAACCCCACUAUUUAUACUUGGACUGUGGGUUCCGUCAAUGGAUUGAUUUGUCUAUACAGUAAGAUAGAGGAGGCAGUUCUAUGGAACCCAACAAUUAAGAAGUCCAAGAAAUUGCCUACAUUCGGAGAGAAAUUGAGGAGGGAUUGCUCUUACUAUUGCAAAUAUGGUUUUGGAUAUGAUGAGUCACAUGAUGAUUACAAAGUGGUAGUUAUUCAGUGUAUUUCUGAGGAUGGUGGCUCGUAUAACACCGUAGUUAACAUUUACAGUUUGAAGGCUGAUUCUUGGAGAACUAUCAAUAAGUUUCAGGGAAACUUUUUGAUAAAUUCUCCUGGUAAAUUUGUUGAUGGGAAGCUUUAUUGGGCUUUAUCUGCUGAUGUAAAUACGUUCAAUAUGUGCAACAUCAUUUCUCUUGAUUUAGCUGACGAGACCUGGAGAAUGUUGGAGCUUCCGGCCAGUUAUGGAGAAGCUAGUUAUCCUUUGACACUGGGGGUGAUGGGAAGUCAUCUCUCUGUGCUUUGUGUUAAUUGUCAUGAACAAACUUAUUCUGAUGUUUGGAUUAUGAAGGAUUGUGGAGUUAAAUUAUCAUGGACAAAGAUUUUCACUGUCGAUCAUCCUAAAGGCCUUGGAGAAUUUAUAUUCUUUUCACCCAUUUUCUCCAUGCCUUUAAGCCAAACAACUAAAGGUGAAAUUUUACUUUUACUUCGUCCUGUUAUCAUGAUAUAUGAUGGUUCAACUAGACAGCUAGAGGUUGUUGAUAAAUUUGGGGAAUGUGCGGCUGAAGAAAUCUAUGUAGAAAGCCUAGUUGAUCCCCUAUUGAUAUCAUGAAACUUCACAAUUAUUUAGCCGAUAACUUGUAAGAGUUCUUUAUUUAGCCGAUAUCGCCAGCUAGGUCAUAUUAGAGCAAGAUUUUUUGAGAAUGUUAUCCCCCUAUUUGGGGACACAGAGCCACGACAUCUCCAUCUAUAUUUUAAAAAAGGGAAAUUUUAAGUAGCCAACCAACUGAGCUACUAAAAUUUCUCGACCUCUCCAUCUAUUUAACUGCAGUCCAAGAAUAAAA